UAUUUGCCUCGCGAGGAGGCUCGAGUCCAUCUGAGAGAGAUACAGAGGCUCCAUGACAGGGAGUCUCUUACUCUGAUGACGGAUGGUUGGGAGGACAAGUUGAAACACAGUGUUUAUGGAACUCUGCUUGCCGAAGUUGGCUUCCGGCCUGCAGUUUUGGGCCUUGAAGACCUGUCUGGUCAAAGGGCCACAGCCGACUGUAUCCUGACAGUCGUGGAUAAUGCAUUGAAGAAGAAGGAGGUCAGUACAAGACAGGUCAUUGCACUCGUAACAGACAAUCCAACCACGAUGGUUGCAUUUCGUCGGAAAUAUCAAAUCAUGAAUCCGUGGACAAUCACUCUGUAUUGCUUUCUCCACGGCCUGAAUACAAUCAUAGGCAAGAUAGCUUCGCAUCCUGUCGCGAAGGCAGCCAUGACGAAGAAUGCUCGCCUCGUAUCAUACUUCAAUCAAUCACAUUACUGGGGCGGGCAGCUCGAGGAGAUCGCUCUCCGACUCAAGAUCACACGUGGAAUGAAGACGAACUUCCCGACCCGAUUUUACGGGCUGGUACUGCAGGCCGUGAGUGUGCAAAGCUACAAAGCCACCGUGCAAGAGUUAUGCCUGCGCGAAGAUGCCCAGCGUGCAACGCGAGGCCUGACACCUGUCAGUGCGGAUGUCAUCAGUAUCUGUAUCAGGGACAUCACACAUUGGGACCGCAACGAUCAGCUCAUUCGCAUCUGCAAGCCCAUGGUUGAUGCAAUUGGCAACCUCGAGUCGCGCGACGCCAAUCUCGCCGACUGUAUGCUGGAGCUUAUCUGGGCAGAACGAGCCAUCACUCGCCUCGCAAUAACGGAGACGGAUGAUGUAGAUUUCGCGUACCAUGCGAAAUCCACUGUC